GGACGCUUGGUCGCGGUUGCGUGAUCUUCUUGCUUGCCAACAUGAUCAGUGGGGUUAACUCUUAUCGCCCCCGCGCCUUGCAGCAAGGACUAUCUUCCGCGGCCUUUGUAGACGGGACUAUAAACGAAAUCCUUGAAAGAAAGGAGAACUUCUUCGG